GCGGGGCGGGCCCACGGGGCGGGGCGGCGGGGCCGCGCCUGUCAGCAGGGCGGCGGGAUGGCGGCGCUGUACGCCUGCACCAAGUGCCACCAGCGCUUCCCCUUCGAGGCGCUCAGCCAGGGACAGCAGCUCUGCAAGGAGUGCCGGAUUGCUCACCCCAUUGUUAAAUGCACUUACUGCAGGACUGAAUUCCAGCAGGAAAGCAAAACCAACACAAUAUGCAAGAAGUGUGCUCAGAACGUGAAGCUCUACGGCACACCAAAGCCCUGCCAGUACUGCAACAUCAUAGCAGCAUUUAUUGGAAACAAGUGCCAGCGUUGCACCAACUCGGAGAAGAAGUACGGCCCCCCUCACUCGUGUGAGCAGUGCAAGCAGCAGUGUGCCUUCGACAGGAAGGACGACAGGAAGAAGGUGGAUGGGAAGCUGCUGUGCUGGUUGUGCACGUUGUCCUACAAACGGGUCCUGCAGAAGACCAAAGAGCAGUGCAAGCACCUGAGCAGCUCUUCCCGGGCCAGCCUGCAGGAGAAGGAGCAGUUCAGCAGGCUCAGCAGUGGCAGCCACUACAACAGCCAGAAAACCUUAUCCACCUCUUCCAUUCAGAACGAAAUCCCAAAGAAGAAAGCCAAGUUUGACGCCAUAUCUGCCAAUGGUGACAGCUUUUCCCCAGACCUCGCCCUGGACUCCCCUGGCACCGACCACUUUGUCAUCAUUGCCCAGCUGAAGGAGGAAGUGGCUACUUUAAAAAAGAUGCUGCACCAGAAGGAUCAGAUGAUUCUGGAGAAGGAGAAGAAGAUCACGGAGCUGAAAGCCGACCUGCAGUACCAGGAAUCACAGAUGAGGGCAAAGAUGAACCAGAUGGAGAAGACACACAAGGAGGUCAUGGAGCAGUUACAGGCCAAGAACAGAGAACUCCUGAAGCAAGCGGCUGCCCUGUCGAAAGGCAAAAAGCCGGAGAAGUCGGGAGCAAUAACCUCCCCUUAAAGCCAACCCCCCAGUCUGGGAGCUUUCCCCAGCAUUAGCCAAGGAGUCUGGGAGACCUGCUGGAUCCCUGGAAGCCAAAACCUCCGUGUUGUCACUGUCCCACUGCCGUGGACUCCAUGGGAAUUCCUGAUGUGUGUUGCCUUCCGACAGCAUGCUCGAGCGUGGCCGGUUUCCAUCCACAGGGAGAGGUCCCAGGCCUUCCUAAAUGCCCCCUGAAGUACUGUUUUCUGGGAGAAAUCUUUCCCUAGCCAGUUGCUACCACUGCCAGCCCUUUCCAUGAGCAAACAGGAACCUGCUGCAUUAGGGGCUCCUUGCUGGUUCCCAGCCUGCUGCUGCGAGGGAAUUGCUGUGGCCAGUUGUUCGCAGAUAAAGCGGGAGCUGGGUGUGGUGGGAGCUGGAUUCUUUUUUCCCCUUGAACUGUUCCCUCUUCAAAAGGGAGCCGAGAACUCACCAGCCCAACAGAUGUUCCUGGGAGGUUGUGCCACUGCUGACAAACGGUUGAUCCAGUUUUUUUUGAAGAUGCUUCCAAAAUGGGGGCUGUGUAUUUAUCUUGGAAGAUUUUUUUGUGUGUGUUUUGUUUUGGAUUUUUUUUCUUCUUCUUCUUUUCUCUGUCAACUCGACAGACCAAACUGCCUGGUUUUGUGUUUCCUUGUUUUUCUGAUGAGAGCUUUUGGGUUGGGAGCCAGAGUGGAACGAUACAGCCCCAAACCCAUCCCAAAUUCCCCCCACCAGCGCCCUGGUUACGUGGUGACCUUUGGGGCUUCGAUGACUUCUGCAGCUUGGUGUGAUCCCUCUUCUCCCCCCUUUCCCUGCCCCUUCCAGAUGCAGGGGCCAGCUUGGCUCCAGGAAAGCACUUACUCAGGCAGCCACCUGAGCCAGGGAGUGGGUUUUUUGCGGGGGGGGGGGGCUCUCCAGGGAUUUUUCUCACUGCUGAUUCCAAACCAGCAGGAUCAAAGGGCUAUGAGAGUUCCCUGUACCAGGGAUGUGCUGCCCCAAAACAGCACAGCCACCACUGACCCUUCCAGCCAGGCCAGGGCCCCCCAGGCGCCUCUUUUGGUGGAAAAAAGGCACUUGGAGGGGAAGCUCCAGGCUGGCAGGAGCUCCUUGGCAUCCCGAAAUCCGGGCAGGGGGUGGAGAAACAUCUCAGGGCUUGGAGACCCCCGAGCAGGGAGUGAAGGCAGGUAAGAGAACUCAUCCUGUUGCUGCAGGGCGGCCGCUCCGUCAGGGCUUUGAUGAAGCUUUUAAACAGAGCUCGUGAUUAUUAUUUUUUUUUUUCACCCUCUUGUGGGUUGUUUUUUUUUUUUAUUUGUUACUAAAGUUGAUUUUACUCAAAAGGCACUUUUUUGGGAUGAUGUUGGCUUCUGGCACGGAAGGAGCACGUUUUCAUUGGACACUGCCAUGUAGUUUUUUUUCUUCUUUUUGUUUUUUGGUUGGUUUUUUUUUUUAAUGUUUUUUCUAAGAGACCUCUGACGUGAAAACAAGCAAAACCAGAACUUGUCACACUUUGCUGAGAGCGUGACAGCAGGAAAAAAAACUCACCCAAUUUUAUACUUUUUAGAAAAAACCGAGGUGCACUGGGGGGAGUUUUUGUUUGGGUUUUUUUUAAGGGGGAGGGAGGGGGGGCUUCGCUUUUUUUUUUUUCCCCACUUCCCCUCGAGACACAGAAAUUUUAAAAAAAAACAAAAACCAAAAAAAAAAAACAACAAGGAGGGAGAGAGGGCCCUGUAAAUACUGUUCCCUGGGGGUUUUUAAUCGUGAGGAGUCGCUCUCCCGCCGUGGUGUAGCUGAUUUGUAGCACCCAAACAUCGUUUCUUUGUAUGUUUGUAACAACCCGGAUUUUCGAGGGACGCUUGGAUUUGUACAAACUGACACCUGUAAAAGUGGUUUAAAAAAAAAAACAAAAACAAAACAAAACAAACAAAAAAAAAACAAACACCAAACCCCUUCA